CCCAUGGUAGACCAACGGCCGCAGUACUCUGCGAGUUCAAAAUGAUAAAUAUACUCCGGAUUUCUCACAUUCACCUACCCUGCACCACACCCUUUCUACCCUCCUCUCAACGACGACCCAUCACGCCACAAGCCCUUGCUCGUUUCGCAAAGUAAUCUUCAUCACCAAGAAAUCACAUGAGAUGGGUGGCAUGUUCAGUUCUCCCGAAAUUCUACCUCCGUCGUCGCCUCCGGAUCCUGCCAAACUUGCACUAAGACCCGAAGAAAGCAAAAGCCUCGACCUAUCCGAUGGACGUACCCUCGGUUAUGCAACGUAUGGCUCAACCAAUCCAUCAGACCCGGCCAUAUUCUUGUUCCAUGGAAUGCCCGGAUGUCGACUCGUAGGUCGCAGCUGGAAUAAGCUCUGCAAAACCAUCGGCGCUCGCCUGAUUACCAUCGAUCGCCCUGGGAACGGACUAUCCACCUUAGUUGAUCGAAAGCUGACACAGUGGCCGGAGGACGUACUGAGUGUGGCGGAUCAUCUUAAGAUUGAAAGCUUCAGCAUCGUCGGAGGGAGCGCAGGAGGACCUUUCGCUUUGGCAUGCGCACGAUUCAUUCCCAAGGAGCGACUGCGGAGGACGACGGUGGUUUGCGGCAUCGCGCCGAUAGAGGCUUUCCUGGAUACGACGCCUUACCUAUCAUGGCGCUUAGGAGGCUUCACUCCGUGGGCUGUUAAGCUUGCCGCGCGGCACAUGAUAUUACCACGUCUUCUGGCCCCAUAUCGGGAUCUGGAUCCUAAUCGGUUAAAACGUACUCUGGAGGACCAGUGCCAAACACCAGAAGAGAAAGAGUUUCUCAAGCCAGAUCCAAACAGAGAAACCGACCUCGACGACGCAGUGGCGGGACUUCUGGAAACCUUCAAGCAAGGGACUGGAGGAUUUAUGCUCGAUGGAAGCAUCACUUCCAGCGAUUGGGGUUUCGACUUGAAAGAUAUUGAUGGCGAGAGAGUAUGGCUGUGGCAUGGGGACCAGGACGCUGUCGCGCCGGUCGCUACAGCGAAAUGGAUAGAUGAGCGCCUGGGUGGUGGAAGGCUGAGAGUGUUGGAAGGCGGAACGCAUUCUACGAUUUGGAAGCAUCACGAGAAAGAGAUAUUCGAGCAAAGUGCGAAGAGAUAGAACGACGGCUAAGAUUUGUGUCGGACGUCGCGCGCUCUGGCUGAUGGACUGGACGUCGCAGGGGCAUCACUUAAGCUGUUCUUUUUAAUUCUAAGUGACGUUUGGAGUACGCUAUCAGCUUCAAGAGUUCUGCAAAAUUUAGAUUGUUUUCCGUUCUACCC